GACUUAAAAAGAGAGCGAGAGAAGAGAAAGAGGGUGAGAAGACGAGAGAGAGAGAGAGGGAGGGAGAGAGAGAGAGGGAGAGAAAACGGCUGAUAGAAAGAAGGGGUGUUUGCUAGCUGGCACCGGCGUCGUGGGUAUUUAACAUUCUUAAAACACAGCAGUUAAAAAAAAAAGUUUACAUUUAAACCGACAUUAUUAUUUUAAAAGUCCUACUUUGACAAUAUUCCUAUUAGUCUUUUGAGACCCUGGAUUCAACAUCUAUGUGAUAAACCGAAACCCAACUUUAAAUUUGUGAAUUAGCGUGGAUCUAUCGGUUAAUGCCAGAACGCUUAUCCGUUGUUCUACGUGUGCUAACUGGAUUAUUUUUUUGAAAUAGAUUAAAAAUGAACAAAAUGAAAUGAUCUGCAGGAAUUAAAUUUUACAAAGAUAACGUGAAAAGAUCUCAGAAUGCAAGCGAUUCUACCACCGCCUAGUCCAGCUAUACACAGACCUGUCCCAACUUUAUUCCAGCCUUUUCUGCAUCCUGAUUAUCACAAAUCAGCUCAGUUAUCUUCUAGCAAUGACAUCUAUCAGUCCUUGCCACGCCUACAUAAUAAGUUCUCUUCUAGUAAUGACGUCUAUCAGGCUUUGCCACGCCCACAUAAUUUAUCCUCCGCCCCUAGCAUGCCGAGACGAGAAAUCGCUGAGGUGAACAAAAUGUACGCGCCCACCCAUCUGAGGCCUUCGCUCCUCCCCCAGCAGGAUCUUGACAGGAUGGUGAUGCAGAGACUGCAUGAGCAGGCCAUACGAACGUCAGCGCUGCAGCAGAAGAUCAUGUCUACCGGAGCCCCGGUCGCACCGCCAUGCAUUGACUUGAUGCCUUCGAGACUCAUCCACCCUACCAGCAUGUCAGCUGACAAUGUCCAAGCCGGUUCCAUUCCGCUUCAGCGUCACCAGCAGUUGCCCCACCAGGAACUUUAUAUGCACGAGCAGCAUCAGAAGAACUCGCUGUUUGGCCAAGCUAUGAAACCGCAAGGUGCUCUUAACUUAAUGGGAUUGCCUCAUGGCCUGCCCCCGCCUCAAAUUCCUAUGAGCCCAUCUACCUCGGCGCCCCACACACAUUCUUUAAAAACGCCCCUUUCAACGCUGUCUCUUCCACGUUCACCUCUGCCGCCCCCGUCGCCCACACUUCCCGUGUCCCGACCUGCCCUUCCAGCCACCAACCUUCCAACGCCGCCCCAGACAUCCGAGAAAGUCGAACACCACUGGUGGAGCAUCCAGAACCAGCACAGCAUAGGCGUUCCCUACACGAGUUCACCAAGGGUCAUGGCCUCACCACGAAUGAUCUACGGGCAUGUCGACCAUAGACUCCACCCAUACUUACCGCCUCCCAUGGCGUCAAUAUGCGGCGACACGGUUCUAGCGGAUCGCCCGUCUCCGAGAAGAUGCAGACGGUGCCGGUGCCCCAACUGCGUGAAGAGCUCCACCCAGCCGAACUCGUCCCCGACCAAGCGACGCAUUCACGUGUGCCAUUACCCAGGCUGUGGUAAGGAGUACGGGAAGACAUCCCACCUGAAAGCGCAUCUCCGUGGGCACGCGGGAGAGCGACCAUUCGUCUGCCGCUGGCUGUACUGCCAGAAGCGCUUCACCAGGUCGGACGAGCUGCAGCGACACCUCAGGACGCACACGGGGGAGAAAAACUUUCAGUGCAACGACUGCGGGAAGCGGUUCAUGAGGAGCGAUCACCUCAGCAAGCACGCCAAGACCCACGAGAUCAAGAAGGAGAAAGGCUCCGAGGACAGCAACGAGGAGUCGGAGCAGAGGGGCGAGUACGACAACUUUCAGGACAGCGGGGACGAGAGUGAGGACAUUGAAGAAGACAUUGACGUGGGGUUCGAAUACAGAGAGGACAUCAAUCUCCAGUGCACGUCACCGAGUGACCAGUCUAGCGGAUCAGAUGCGAGCGACGACGAUGCUAUUAGCAGACGACACCUAGAAAGACACUAUAACCUUUGACCUUCGAGCACAUAGUAAUGGUGCUAUUAGCAGACGACGUUUAGAAAUUCGCUAUAACCUUUGACCUUUGAACUCAGUCAACGAUGCUAAUAGCAGACGACACUAUAGAUACACUAUAAUCUCUGAUCUCAGCGAUUCCAGUAGCAGACGACAUUGUGAGAACCACUACAACUUCUCAACAACAUUUUCUUUGGCAACUUUGAAAUGACGAACUGCCACACCGGCAAUAAUAAUCGACAUGAAAACAAAAUUCUGGCCAACAAUUUCAAUCAAUUUAUUACGUUGGUUUUUUUUUUUCAAUAAAAGAUCCUUGAAAGGAAUAGAAAUUAACAUAAUAUAUAUUAAAAACGCAACUAGACACGUCACCAAAGGUUAAAGUGAAAUCUUGCGACAUUGUCAUAAAGUUAUGACAGAAACUAAACACUAUGUCGAACAAUAAUUAAGAGUGUCAAAAACUUGGCCAAUUGUGCCAAGCUAAAAAAAAUCAACGACUUCUCUAGCUGUGGAACUUACGGCAAGGCUUUCUAAUGCUCCUUUACAAAUUGUGAAGAUUUCAUUACAAAUUGUGAAGAUUUCAUUACAAAUUGUGAAGAUUUCAUUACAAAUGUGAUUGACAUAUCGCAAGGAAGAAAUUAUUUGAUUUUAUUUCACCUUACCCCCUUGACAACACAUUUCAAAUUGACAAAUAUUCACUCUCUAUUUUAUUUGUUGCAUAAAAUGUACAUCUCAAGGAAGAUUUAUUUUAUUGUACACUGUGAUAUUUAUUUAUUGUACAUAAUCUAUUUAUAGAACGCUGGCAGACGACAACAACUAGAAAUUAUACUGAGUGCGCAUGUCACACAUGCUCAGAGACUUUUGAUUCAUGCAGACAAAUAAACAUUUUCAUGAUAAAUAAUCUCAAGGACGCAAAAAUUGAGCUUCAGUGUUGCCAACUAAACAUAAAAAAAAAAAAGAA